CCUGUUGAUGAGCACAUAAACAUAUCACUUCAAGAUAGAUGGCCAAAUAAUUACAUUUUAUAAAAUAUGACACAACUUGAAUUCUUAACUUUCACAUAGAGAUUCGAAUAAACAACUGAACUAAAUAUUCUUAGAAUAUGUCACCAACAUGAAACAAGUGUUUUUAAAUGACAACAGUUUCCGUGAAAACGAAUAUAGAAUGGAGACAUGUCAUACAAAUGUUUCUUGUACAUUAUCCAGUACAAAUUCUAAUUUUAUCAGUGAUGUCGUUAAUCUAACAAAAGUGGAAAGUGAAAUGUUCAGUGAAUGGAGAUUCGCAUUGAACAUAAUUAUCAUUUCUCUCCAAAUCCUAUCUGACAUUUUUAUAUUUGGUGGUAAUUUACUAGUGAUUUCAGCUGUUGCAACGACUAAGGGAUUGAGACGUAUAACUGAUCUGUACAUUGUAUCACUUGCUCUGGCUGAUCUACUUGUUGCAAUCCUAGUUCUACCUCUUUCCAUCAUGCGUCAAGUUUACGGUUAUUGGCCUUAUGAAUCACACGAAUUAUGUAUAUUCUGGCUGUCUCUCAACGUGUUCUUGUGUUCAGCUUCCAUAUUGAACUUAUGUUGUAUAUCUGUGGAUCGAUAUAUUGCAAUCAAUUAUCCGAUGAAAUACAUCAGCAAGCGAACACGUCGUACUGCAUUUGUAAUGAUUGGAAGUGCUUGGAUAAUAUCGUUGCUAGUAAUGGUCCCACCUAUAUUCGGCUCUCAGCACCACACAGGAGUAGGAAGCUGUUACGUAAGAACUGAUGCAGGAUAUAGAUUUCUCACAGGAAUCUUCAUAUUCUUCGUCCCAUUUUUGUUAGUCGGUUUCAUUUACAUACGUAUAUUUUGGGUGAUUCGUCGUCGUUCGAAGGAAUUAGAAUUUGAUAAGCAUUCAUCUAACAUGGAAAAACAUAGAUUUGGAUCAUUUAAAUUGCUCUUCAGUCUGAAUAAUAUCUAUCGCCAUCGUUUUGUACGUAUCAAGAGGUAUCUCGGUUCAGUUAACUCCAAUCAACUUCGAUUAUUUGCGUCAAAAUGCAGACAAUGUAAAUUGUGCAUUGCCUGCACUCCAUGUGAGAGACGUAACGAUCUGAGCAAAUUUCCUGUCACUCAAUCUUACAGUCAAACUUCCAUGAAUUCCUUUUCCAAUGAGAGUGCUGUACAACCAGAGUGGAAUGUUCCGGAAACGCCUAAACAACACACAAACUUUAUUCCGAUGUUUCGCAUAACGAUGUUGCGUAGAACGACGAAAUCUGAUUUGAAUGAUUUUUUUACGUUUGUGGUUCAUGAAAGUACAGCGAACACAGAAGCCUGUACUUCACCAACUGCUUAUACGAAAGAAGAUAUAAUCAUAGACAAUUCACUUCAAGCUGUUCACAAAACAACUGACGCUUCUUUAAAUGAUCAACAAAGUAAUCCACAACACAAAAAUGUUGAGACGCAAAACAGUCAGAUUACACAAAAUGUGGCUGCAAAGUUGAAGCAUUCUAACACACAUACUGAAAUACAAAGCUAUCGGCACGAACGUCUUAUCUUCAACAGAGAACAAAAAUCUGUCAAAACAGUAGGAUUAGUAGUGUGUUGUUUUAUUUUAUGUUGGCUACCAUUUGCUAUUUUUCAUUUAGUUGAAGGUGUAUGUGAGUGUGUACUAUCAGAACGAAUUACAAUGGCAACAGCCUGGCCAGGUUAUUUGAAUAGUAUGUGUAAUCCAUUUAUAUAUGCAUUCUGUACUAAAGAAUAUGCAAGCGCAUUCAAACGUUUAUUACAUAUUGGAAGGA